CAGUUUAUGUUUGUAAGGAAUAUUAAGAGGUACUUUUUUAUUUGUCCAUUUUAAUGUAUAUAAUGUUAGUCAUAAACAAAUGAUCCUGUUACACACCGCCUCCUUGAGAUUAAUGAUAACCUGUAUAUUUUUUGUGAUGGUGUCUACAGACAGUCAUUGAUGUUUAAGGGGGUAAAGCAUAAUGAAAUAUGCUAAACAUCUUGGACAAUGACAUUCCUCUUUCAUGAUUCUGGCCGUUUUAGGGCGCGGCAUCGCUAUACAAACAACCCUCAUGACAAACAAGUCAUACAGCUUUAGUAUAACACACAGGAGGACUUCAUAGUUUCUAGGUUGUGAAAAUGGAGUCUUUGUCUGCAGCAAACACACAAUUCUCUCUCAAUGUGUUUAAGAAGAUCAGUGAGAUAAACACUAGUGGAAAUGUCUUCUACUCUCCUCUCAGCAUUUCCUCGGCUCUGGCCAUGGUGUCACUUGGUGCUGAAGGAAACACAAAAGAUCAGAUCUUACAGGUUCUGUGUCUUAAAAAACUUCUGAAACCUGAGGCUGCAACUCCAGUACCUGAAGCAGCGGUCCUGCCACAGACCCAGAAACCCAAAACAACUGGCUGUUGUGAAGUUAAACAUGAACCACCCAAAGAUCAGAAACCCCAGAAAUCUCCUGCUCACUCAACACCUGGGCACAAAACUGAAGAGCAAAUUCAUUCCAGCUACAACAAACUCAUGAGCGAGUUGAACAAACCAGGAGUGCCAUAUAUGUUGAGUCUUGCCAAUCGUCUGUAUGGAGAGAAAUCCUAUCAGUUUAUUGAUAAAUUCAUUAGUGACUCACAAAAAUACUACCAGGCUGGACUGGAGUCUGUGGACUUCAUAAAAAACUCUGAAGCUGCACGCGUCAACAUCAACAACUGGGUGGAGGAAAACACACAAGGGAAGAUCAAAGACUUGCUGAAACAUGGGGUCCUCAAUAAUUUGACACGUUUGGUUUUGGUGAACGCCAUCUACUUCAAAGGAAACUGGGAGAAAAAAUUCAAAAAGGAAGCCACUGUUGAUCAACGAUUUAAAUUGAACAAGAAUAAAACUAAAAAAUUGAAGAUGAUGAAACAGAAGUCAGAGUUUCCUAUGACCUUCAUCCCAGAGGUGAACAGUCAGAUCCUGGAGCUGCCGUAUGUCGGGAAGAAUAUGAGUAUGUUGAUCAUCCUUCCAAAUGAGAUUGAAGACGACACCACUGGACUUCAGAAGCUGGAGAAAACACUGACCUAUGAGAAGCUCAUGGAGUGGACCAAACCUGACAACAUGUGUCUACUAGAAGUUGAGAUAUCUUUUCCUAAAUUCAAGCUGGAAGAAACUUAUGACAUGAAGAAUCUACUGGUGAAACUGGGAAUGGUGGAUGCUUUUGACAUACAGAAGGCUAAUUUUUCAGCUAUGUCCCCCAAAAAUGAUCUGGUGGUGUCUGAGGUGAUCCAUAAAUCUUUUGUUGAAGUCAAUGAAGAAGGAACAGAAGCAGCAGCGGCUACUGGAGUUGUUGUAAUGACCAAAUUAUGUUCUCGGUUUGCAAAGAUCUUCAAUGCUGAUCAUCCCUUCCUGUUCUUCAUCCGACACAAUCCCACCAACACCAUUCUGUUUUAUGGACGCUUCUGCUUUCCAUGAGCUCAUUUGAAUGAUUGUACAAUGAAAAGUUUAAAUGCAAUCAAAUCUGGAAUUAAAUUGUAUGUAUGCAUUCAUAAUUCUUGAAUCAAAUGAAUAUCUUUAGACACUCAAAAAAGAAAAACAUUUAUUUCUAGUUCAUCGAACCAUAAUCUUUAAAAUAUUUUAUUUUAAACAUCUACUUGAAGUAAAUACAUUUAUUUUAAGGUUGAUUCAAGAAACAGUUCCCCACAUUUAGCAGCAGGGGGCGUCAGAGCGCAUUUUAAAGAUGCACGUAUAGAACAAAAUGUACAGAACACAAAGUUCUCCUUAUACAGAACCAUGCUGUCACAGAAUUAGUCUUUGUCUGCGUAUAUCUAUGUCCUUAAAACCAAUGUCCUAAACCAUGCACUUGCAACAAACCAUAUACAGAAGUACACAUAAAUAUAUAUUGUAUAUGCAUAAAUGUUUAAAGGUUUGACUUGUGAAAUAUGUCAUCCUCUCUAUACCAGUUUAAAACUGUCUGCAUGUGUUAUGUAACUCAUUCUGUCUCUAUGUAAGUGAUAAUCUGAUAUGCAUCCCGCUGUGAUAAGGCCGGAUGCCCUGCAGAGACGUGCAUGUAUUUAUACAGUUGAUAGCCUAUAUGUAUAUAUACACAUAUGCUGUUUGCAGGACAGGGUGUUUCUCUGCAGAUCUUA